UGCAGUCAUCUGAGUUGUGAGAAAAAGCAAUACCUGGAAUGAAACAUCACAGUACAAGAGGCAUAAUGAAGGGUUUAGUUUUGUGUCUGCUGGCAAAGCUUCCACUUAUACAGAUUAGCAGUUCACUGUCACAUGACAAGCAGCUUAUGUUUCUCCAAACUUUCUGUCACCAUCAGCUGUGCAGUAGCAUAAUUCUCUAUGAUAUCACAGAUUGGUGUAACAUAUCACUGAAAGAGUUCCAAUUUGUGAAGUUCAUAUCACAGCUGUAUCUGAAAAUCCUGGUCACCUCCACCCAGGCAUGGACUUCUUGUCAGCCACUCCCAGAUAGUGCCGGCAAAACUCCACUCCUUGUUUUGCCAUACAGGGCAUCUACACAACAUCAUGAGUUCCUAAAACAGUGUUCUCAGGAAGGACAAUUCAAUGGAAGGAUUCUCUGGCUGUUCUUAACUUCUGAUUCACUUUCAUCUCAUUUGUUUCAAAACCUUGCUCAGCUCAACAUCCGACUUGAUAGCAAUAUCUUCAUUGCAGUCUAUGGCAAGGAAGCAAAUAUCCAGUUAUUGGAGACAUAUGCACUGGGCACACUGGGUCAGAACACCAGUCUCCAGCAUCACAUUAUUAGUGAAUGGAACCCUGGCAACUUAGUCCCACCUUCAACACACAAGUACGACAGACACAGGCAUGGAAAUCUGCAGGGAUACCAACUUCGAGCAACAACCGUACUGAUUAAUGAAUUUUACACUCAAAUACAAAAGAGUGGUGAUCAUUUCCAAGUAACAGGAGGAUACUUUGGUGAAGUCUUCAAAACUCUUGCAAAUGCACUGAAUUUUACUUACACUAUCAUAUACCUGCCUGGUUAUUCCUAUGGGAACACACCUACUGACAACACUUCAAUGUGGACUGGAAUGAUAGGUGCGAUUCAAAAACAGGAAGCUGAUUUAUCAAUCUGUGAAGUAUCUAUUACAGCAGACCGAUUAGAAGUCAUAGAUUUUACCUUGCCUCUCCACACUGCUGCAACACAGCUGUAUGUACAUGAAGGAACAAAGGAACCCUCCAUGGACUGGUAUUUUCAUCCAUUCAAUGUCUGGACAUGGUUUGCUCUCAUUGUGGGUCUCCUCUUGUUCACAUCCAUUAACAACCUACUCCAUUACAUCACGUAUAAUCUGCAUGGAUCCACGCAAAGGUCAGGUUUCCUAUCAAACCUCUUCACAACUGUGACCAUCAUGCUGCAACAAGGAACAGACUCUCCUUCAAGUUUCUCCAUGAGGUUAGUGCAGCACUCAAGUGCCCUCCUGUUUUUGGUUGUGCAUAUUGCUUACAGUGCCAAGCUCACUUCACUUGCAACCUUGUAUAAACCACAACCACCACUUGGCGAUCUCAGUGACAUUCUGAAGAGUUCCAGCUGGAAGUUUGGUGUCAUGAAUUCUAGUCUUCCAUUCAACACAUUCAAGAAUGCGGAACCAGGAAGCAUUUUUGGUAAACUGUGGCACCUUAAACUUGAGCCUUUUCCUGGUCACCUCAUGAAUAGCUACACAUCAGGUCUAUCAGCAACACUUGCUGGAAGUCACUUUGCAUUCUUGGGGCUAGAAGAUUCUUGUCAGAACACACUGCAGCACAGUUUCACCCCUGCACAGGCCUGUAAGAUUCUGGCUCUGCCUCACAAAUAUUUCCGUGGAGGACUUAGUUUUGCACUGCAGAAGAACUCCCCAUACAAAGAGGUCAUUAACCACAGCAUACUUAAAAUGAAGAGCAUUGGCCUAAUUCAACGCCUAAAGCUCAAAUGGGUGCCACAACCUCAACAAUGUAACAAGAUGCUUUAUGUUGUAAUGGAGUGGACAGAUAUUCUACUUCCAGUCAGAGGUUUUAUAGCAAUUGUUUUGACAUCACUUUUCAUCUUGAUAGCAGAACUAAUGCUAUACAAAUACAGAACAGUAAUGGGGCAUCAAAAAAAAAAUCAUGUGCAAACACAAUCUGUUGACAAGUUAUAUAAACAUAACAUAAAACCAACUCGGAAUUUAUUUGCACUGUACAAAUAAUAUUAACUUGUAAUAAACCACAAGCAAUGUUAGGUCAAGUGGUUAAUAACCAAUCACUUAACAGAAAUACCACAUCAUACGACUGUAAGAUGACUUCAACACAGGACACUCCAUUUUAAUGGUACAAUAUUUCAAACAGUAACCACUUUUAUUAACUUACUUUCCUAAAUAAAAUUCUUAGGUAUAAUUCUGUAGUAUAACUCUUCAUAAUGGCCCACUUAGCUCCACAUAAUUUUCAUCCCUUCAAAAUGUUACAUUUGUUAGACAUCUGUUUUCCUAGAAAUCAUUGAAUUGUUUGUUGUUUAUGUAUCUUAUAAUUUACAAAUAUAAGAUAACACAUAUUCUUGAAUCAAAAUAAAAGAAAAGCUUCAUCUAACAGUCAGGUAAAAACAAUAUGUUCAGUAUAGUAUUUUCAAGCUCUAUGUAAUGACCUGUUCCAUCUCUGGGUUUGGGCCACAGGCCAAAAUACAAAACUGCUGAAGGCUAUUUUAUCCACUCUGAAAAUUAUGACCGAAAUUUUGCUUCCCUCAAUCUCAUACAUAAAAUUAUCUUUCUGUUGUUUAUCUGCCUCUGAGCUGUUUGCUAGGUGGUGAUAACCAAAGUUUUUAUAGUGCAUGAAGCAAUCACUAUGCAUCAUUACAAUGGUGACAGAAAAUUUGCCAGUAAGAAUACACAUUCUUAAGAUUGUUAUUACAAAUAAACAAUCUCAUUGUUUCAAUACAGUCUAUUUUAAAUGAUGCUUGGACAAAGGCACCUUUGCCAGGAAAAAUGCCUAAAUGGGAAAGAAAAUGUAGUACCAUGAUUUAUGAAAUUUUGGACAUAUGAAAAGUUGUGAGAUAGACUUAAAUUUAAAAACUGGAGAAAAGACAAUAUGUGGCCUAUAUCAGUCUCAAUUUGCUGUUCCAAAUUUUGGUUAAUUAAUUUACAGCAGUUAUUAUAGACAUACAAUUAAUACAUCAUCUUCAAAUUUUAAUAUCCCAUUCAAAUAUCAACUUACUGAAUUAAUUACAGGAAAUCAGAAGACAACAACAUAUAAUUAAACAAGUAACUGAAGUUCAGGUUUUUAUGUGAAACUAUGGUCAAUACAAGAGCUUUCCCAUUCUGUCCUAUGAAACAGUGAUACAGAAUAAGAAUAAAAUGUUGAUGAAUUUAUGUACAGCAAUGGUGAUCACUUCAUGGUGUGCAACCAGCUAAACUCAUUUACUCAUAAUGGAUUACUGUACUGUCAUAUUUAAUGUAACUGUGGAAAAUGUUAUAACACAUCAAAUUAAAACUUAUAGGAUGAAUAUCAA